GAACCUUCAGUAGUGAGUGGCUAGCUGGCUGGCUGGCUGGCAGGUGAACGUAGUGUAUCACUCACUGACUCAGACAUGAGCUAGCACUCAACACUGGCCUCUCCUUCACCAUGGACUACAAUAUUGGUCGACGUGUGAGAGGGUUGGGAGGAUGGAAGCUAAAAGGUGAACAGUUUGAAGCUAUAGCAACUGUAAUCUUGAGAGUCCCUGGCUAUUUCAUUCUCGAUUACUGGUAUCAAAAUGAUGUCCGCAACUGUAUUCCUCGGUCCUUGGCAUGGGCAGAUGUCGUAUCAUCAGGCUUUGCAAUAUUCGGGAUUCUCAAAUAUGCUGAUGUUGCAGAAGUCAUUGUUUGAUCCUCACAAUGAUAUAGAAACAUUGUACCUGAGGCAACAAGUUGCCACUAUUGUAUUUCACACACUAGUGGCAACAUUUGUAACCUUCUUUCUUGAUUUAGAAUGCAACAAAGAUAAGAUUCUGCUAUUAGUGUAUCUUGUGCCUGUGUUUGCUCGGUUAGCUGGAUUCCCGGUAACAGAGCUCCAUCUGACUCACAAUUUUGCGUCUUGUUUUGUUAUAUUCUUGACUGUUCAGUAUAUAUUUCUUUGUGUUCCUCAUGUAUUUAAGUUUUUGAAACACAUGUACAGUACUCUAGUAGAGAUGAUUGAAAUGUUUGGACCUGUUGGAGUUGUAAUUACCCUCUGGAGUCGUCUCUUUGUUCCUAUACAACUGCUUAUAUUCUGGUUAAUGCUUUUCACUACUCAACUAUACAAUCAUUAUUUACCUUCUCAUAAUACAGCAGUAGCAGCUAAGCCAGGAGCAGUUGUGACAUCAUCAGGUGGUGCUUUGGCUAGUGUAGCUGCAGCUGUAACAGGUAGUGGGUCAUCAGCAGGGCCUGUGGGUACAGCAUCUAUGGGAAGUACAGCUCCAAGUGAGAUGUGGUAUUUGGUAAUAGUACAGAGUGCUGCAGAGGUUUGUUAUACUCCACUUAUGUUGGCUGGCACCUGUGUUGCUGUUUCUUAUGCUUCUCGCAUAAUCUUAUCCAUCACUAGAACAUACACAGCAGGUCCUGGAGCAGCACCACUGCCAGAUGAUCUUGUUCACUCAGGCUGGACAGAGGGAGUCACAAUGGCUCUUCUAGCUGUACAGACCUCACUCUUGAGUAUGGCUAUGCCUGAACGCUUAGCAGUAUUGUCUAUAAUCUUACUCAUUGUUGUUUCAUCACUGGUUCAAAGUAUGUAUGAAAUUGUUGAACCAGUGGUUUUGGCUCUCAGUGCUCAGGGUGUAGCUUCAAUAUCCCGGCAUGCUCGUGCUGUCACUGCUUGUCUGCUGCUUCUGCUACUGCCACUCUACAUGGUAUAUAUGUUUACACUCAUAUUUGAGCAAGAUUUUUGGUUGCUUCUUGUUGUGUCAACCAGUAUCAUGACUUCUGUGCAGGUGUUGGGUUUACUAGCAACAUACGUGCUUCUUACCUGGGAUGCAGUAUGUGCUCAGCCUUGGCCAGGGUUAGAUGAUUUGGUGUAUUACACUCGAGCUACUACGAGGGUGUUUGAGUUCAUCGUUGCUGUGUUUGUUGUGGGUGCUGGAGUGAAGGAGUCAAUAACGGGUCAGUGGUCAUGGAUCAAUGCUGUUGUUUUGCUUAUUCACUGUUACUUUAAUGUCUGGCAACGUUUGCAACAAGGAUGGAAGAGCUUCCUCUUAAGAUUAGAGGCAGCCAAAAAGAUAUCAGCCUUACCAGAAGCUUCUCAAGAACAACUUCAGUUACACAAUGACGUUUGUGCUAUUUGCUAUGCAGAAAUGACUUCAGCACGCACUACGUAUUGUAAUCACUUGUUCCAUGGCCCUUGUCUACGAAAAUGGCUCUAUGUACAAGAUAAAUGUCCCAUGUGCCAUGCUCCCAUCACUCUUAAAGAUGCAGAUUCCAAUGAAAAUACUGAAGCCAGCUCGACUGAUGCUGCUCGACCACCACCCGAGUCUAUUGAGACAGAACUAGGGGCUAAUAUACCCUUGCCAGAUGACGGAGAAAAUGAGGAUUUGAGUCUUCUGAACACUGAUGAUGAAGUUUUGUUCUUGACUCCCUGAUGAUUGUAGGCAGCCACUCGUUCUCUAGUCAAGUAGCACAGAGUUGACACUGCGGACCAGAUCAUCUAAGUACACUUGCUGGAUGUUAAACUGAAACACUGUUGGCAUCAUCCCCUUUCUACCUUGAGAACAAAUUCAGUUCAAAUCAUGACCAUUUUGUAUACAUUAAGAAUUCAGCUUAUUUAAUUAAUUUUUGUGACUGUAUAGUUCAACCCCAAAUUUACCUAGGCUAUGCUUCCUAGGGGAUCUUGUGAAUGUGAAACAUGCAAAUGCCAAAUAAUGUUUGUAUAAUAAGGUUUGCAUCAGAUUUGGGCUUUAUGUUUUGGAAGUCACAGACCUUUUAGAUAUUGUUCUAAUCUGGUCAUUAUUAACAUUAAUAGGAUUACAUUAUUACAUUUAUGAGGAGUGGUAAACCUGUAGGGGUCAUACAGCAUCUGGGGAAAUGGCAGGCAUUCAGACUUAUUUAAAGGAAUUGGAGCAUAGGUCCAAUUCCUUAGAUCAAGAGCUCCUCACCAGUAUCGAGGGGUCAUUUACAAGAAAGAAUAUCUAGGGAGAAGAGAGAUUUGGGUGUGGGAAAGCCAUUGAUCAAAUUAUAAGUGACAUCAUCUAAUGCUUCUUUUCAAAUUAAGGUUCAACACCACCAAAAAUUUCUAAUAAUCAAACUGUAUAGUCCUUGUGGCUUAGCGCUUCUUUUUGAUUAUAAUAAUAAUAAUCUAAUAAUCAAAGCUAUUUGCAAUAUGCCUUUUGAUCACAAUCUUGUGAAUUUGGGGGUUCUACUAUGCAUCAGUUUUAUGAAUUCAAUAAAUUAUUGAAAUUUGAGCUACUGUAUUUUCUGGCGUAUAAUGCACACGAGCAUACAAGACAUAUGGUGUUUCCAAUGUAACAUUAAUAAAUAACUGCUAAAGUGUAACCCAAAGCCUAACCUUGACCCUGACCAUAUAAGGCGUAGGGUCAUUUUUUUUUUUUUUUGGGGGGGGGGGUGGAGCAUGCCUUAUAUGCCAGAAAAUAUGGUAUAUUGCUACUUAAAAUGUGCUUAGUUCCUGUGACAUGACAGAUUGUUAGCUAAACACUUUUUCUAAUUGGUUUGCAAAAGUACAAAAUUAAUUAAUAAAAACACCUUGCAUUGUAUUUUGUAUAUUGGCGGCAACUUACUGUUACUGUAUUAAAAUUGAAAUUAUAAAAAUGCUUAUCUUUAUGAUAACUAGGGAGAGGAUGUAAGGCUUGUUUACUUGGUAGUAAUGAAUGUAUGAUGUUAUUGUCACAUUGCCCUGCUGCUCCCUGCACUAAUGAACUUAAAAAUCUGGACAUCUUCCUAUUAAAUUGCUCGUGAUUUAAAGCUUGGUUCCUCCCUCCAUAGAAAGUCUGGCUGUGAGAUUAACUUGUUUGACUCGAGAUUAGUGUAUGGAGAAUAAAAUUUCAGUACUGUACUGUGUGCCCAGUGUGAAUUUAGCACUUAAUGUAAUACUUUUGUAAUAAUAGUACUACUAUUAUAAUAAGUCUUCCUUCUCUUUUUAUGCCUAUGCUGAGGGAAGCAAAACAAAAAAAUGGGUUAAUGGUUAGUUCCUUUGAAAACUAAAUAGUGAUAUAAACCUGUGAAGGAUGUGAUUUGAAUGACUAUAUCUCGUGUUGACACAUGACUUGCUGAUAGUUGAAAAA